AUGGAUAUUGACGAAGAUGACGAUGUAACGGCCAAGGCCUACGCCAAUAUUUCGGCUCAACUAGAACAAUUCACUUCACCGCAAUUGGGAAAACCCGUUCAUGUGCCACAAGGCAGAGCCUCGCCAGCAAGUCCUGCUGCCAGAUUCUAUGAAAUGGAUGCCAUGGAUUGGUGGACUCAAGAAAUGAAGGAAGGCGGUGAAAGCACCACAGGCACCAACAAGAGAACUGCACGCAUUGCAGAUGGUGGUGGCGUUAUGGAUGUAGAUGAUGACGAUGACGAUGACAAUCCUGUCACACCCGUCAAGACACCAGCCACUCGAAGAAAGGGCCGGACUUCCAUACUGGAACGAGCGGAAACACCCGUCAUGUCCAAUUCGUCUCAAAAGGAAAAGAGAGAUCCCAGACUGCCCUUUUCCCUUGGCUUAUCAUCUUCUAGUCGCCAAUUGGUGAUAGAAGAUGACGAUGAUGAUAAUGAAGAUGUUCCCAUGCCACCAGUCCAAACACCAUUCAAGCCUGCUGCAGGUGCCUUGACACUCCAACAACGAUCAUCUCCCUUUCGCUCGACAUUCAGCGGUAGUCCGGCCGUGUUAGCAACAUCGUCCUAUCAUGUCUUCAAAAGACAUCAUGAUACGUUGUACAACUUUGUCAAGGCUAAACGUUCAUUGGACCAUCGGAUGGGUUUGGAACAACAAGCACAAGCCUUGGGUGCACCCGGCGGGUCCACUGCUAUUACCGCUCUUUCGUCUUCCUCGUUGGCCUCUCAAGAAACCAGGGCCGAAGUAGAUUGGCUCAAUUCAUUGGCUAGCAUUGGAUUUUCUACCGAAAAUUUUGAAGAGGGGAAUUGCUGGAUAUUGCUGGCACGCUUACGAAGAUUGGGGCAAUCGGCACUCAUUUGGGACAAUGACAGUGUUUCGGCGAGUCAACACACAGCGGCACAAACUGUUUAUCUUCAACAGUUGGCCUCGCAAGUCGAAAAGACGCCACACGAAUUGAUACAAGAAUUGACUGGGAGUUCGACUGUGCCGCUGGUACUUCGGCGCAAAUAUCAAUUGCUUUUGUGGAUGGAAGAAUGUCUGGAUCAAGUUGUCCUUCCAGCGCCGAGACCAGUCUCAUCAGUCUUUGGAAAAUCAAAUGCGACUACCAUUCCGGACCUCAUGGCAGAGAUUUCGACGACCCUUCAGAAUAACCCAAAGCAGGACAAGGCUCUUUUGGAUGCAUCGCUCUCGCUCAUAAUGGCUGGAAAGAUGGAAGAUGCUCUGGAGCUGACACGAUCACAUGGACAAUCAUGGAGAGCUGCCAGCUGGAGUGGUGGAGAACCCCAUGGAUACAAUGCUGUUACGGACGAAGACACCAAGACAGUUCGAUUGGAAACGAUUGGGAAUCCAAAUCGGGCGCUUUGGAAACGGCAAAUGUGGAAGGCAGGACGUCACCAAAUGGCAACCUCUGCAUCUACUACUGCCUCUUUUUCGUCCGACCCCAAUUCUUCUCCCGAAGGAGCUGCCAUUUGCAGUCUUCUUGCUAAUGAUACCAGUGCGUGUCUGCAGAACCCAUGCUUUCAAAAGUCAUGGUUCUCCUCACUCUAUGCUCUUUGGUUUGGAGUCUGGGGACGAAUGGAAGAUGAACUCCUGCACUGGCACAAUGAUCACAGACGGAACAGUGCGGCCGAUUCCCUUCCUUAUCCAGGAACCGAAUUUGCCAAGCAUGAAACCGAACAGUUGCUCAUGACUUCUGGGUUGGUGGGCAUGUCCGAAGCCCAAGUCGUUCAACAACUACAAAGUAGUUCCUCUGCCCAGUCAUGGGGGGUUUCCAAGUUGCAAGCUUGUAUGGCAGCUUUUAUGGUGGGCAAAUCGGGCAUUCUCAACUUUUGCCAAGGCGAAACCGCCUCCCUUCCGGCGGAUCUGACGACAGAAACAGCUGUGCAAAAUUUGAGGUUCUUGACUCAUUUGCUCUUGUAUUUGGAUUCUCUCCAAGUGGGAAUUACUCCCAUUACCUUGCACGGUAUUUCAGCCAUCAAGAAUGAACUGGUAUUCAAAUAUGUGCAGUACAUGGCGUCUCGACCCGAUCUCUGGCAAUUGCUGACGGUGUACAUUAGUUUCAUGCCGGAACAUCAAAUCCUCGAAUUCUUUCCCACUAUUUUGGCUAAGAUGCAUGACGAGGGCGACCGUCAAGAAAUCUUGGAUCAGAUUCAAGAGCUGUUCCCUGAAUUGGAGAUUCACCUGCUUCGAAAGGUCGUCCGAUUGUCCAUUCGAAAACCAGCAGCACUGGAACAAAAUACGUCGGAGGAGGACGAACGUGAAUGCCACUCCAUUGGUUGGUUGUUGCAGAAAGAAAGUCAUCUCGGAGAUGCCUUGAUUUGUGCCAACAUUCUUCUUCGAGGAUUCUUUUUGGAUCAUGAGGAUGACAAGAUGGAAGUCGCCAUGCUGUUCGUCCAAGACUACCUUCCAGGAGAUUUGGUCGAUAAAGCUGGAACGACAAGACCGCAACAAGAUACAAUUUCUGAAGAAGAAUAUACCCGUCAAGUUGAAAAUGCUGUCACGGAGCACUAUGCCAUUUUGGAAUACUUGAAAGCCUAUCAAAGCUUCAACAAGUGGAAGGACAUGUUGGCAUCAGCUUCUGCGACGACUGGUAGAGCAUCGCCAGAAGUGAACAUGGCCCGUUUGAAUCCUACUGAGAAAUCCAUUGCAGAACAACACCGCGUGAAGGAAUUUGUCCGCAACAAGCGUGAGAGCUGUAGAGUUGUCGUACAAAAUGCUGAACAAGCGAGAAAGGUUUUGAAGAAAGUUCUAACGCAUCCUGGUGGUUGGUUGGCGCUUGACGAGCAAGCGAACGGCCCAGAGGAUGUCAAGCGACAACGAGAACUCGAGACCAUCCGAUCUCGCUAUCUUGUCUUGGCAGUUCAAUGGUACCAUUCGCUUUGUGAGGAAACGGCCCUCUGGCUGAUCAAGAGUUUGGACGAGUCGGCUUCUGUGGGUUUGACGCGCAAGGAAAUCUUGAAUUUGUUGAGAAACGAGGCCAUGUCGCCCGGUCACUGGUAUCAACAUGCCUUGGAUUUGACCGUCCUCGUUGCCGAUGACUCUUAUGAUAUUUACGAGGCUUUCAAACCUCAAGAUUUGCAAGAACUCUUGUCCAAGCUCGCCGAGACUGCCAUUUCCAAGCUAAUGAACGCAUAA